GAAUACUCCGUAUCUGCACCAAACAUAUUACACAAGCAAUUCAAUGACAACACAAAUCGAAAGUUUCUCAGCCCCAACGGAGAUAGGAAUGCUGCUCCUUGCCGGAAGAAACAAGGAGGAAUACUAUUCCGCAGAUUCAAUUUAUGUGUACCCCGAUGCAACAAAGUAUACAUUUUAUGGUCGUAGAAUACGGAAUAGCGAAGGGGAAUAUAUGUUUGAUUACUACGUGUUGAUUACCUCUGGAAAAGACGUAAUACCUCCUCUAACGGUUGUGUUCACCAACGGUACAAAAAAAGAAAUCGACACUCCAGAAAUGGGAGACAUGUACAAGUUCCCCAACAUAACGAAGGUGGAAGGACCCUUUGAGUUUCUCGUCUACGCAUGCAAUUUUGAGCAAUUCGAGUUCUUUCAGCCGGAGUUUUACCAUCAGUAUAAGAGUGCUCAUGUAUUGCUGAAUCCAUUGCAUGAACAGAUCUUAGAAGUCAUGAUAACUGUGACUGGUACGAAAGAGGCCUUGGAUAAUCUCAAAAUGAACGGGAAACCAUUGGCUUUGAGUUAUAUUCGUGUCGUGUAUCAAGAAGACGACAUGUAUUCGGGGGAGGCUAAAAUCACUGCUCAACCUGUGCAAAUCAGCUCAACAAAAAAUAUAUCAAUUUUCGUAAACGCUGUGAACAGGAGAAAAAAUUAUUUUGAAUAUUCUAGUCAUGGACCAUCAGCGACGCUUUUAGAUGCCACACAUUUCAACAUAAGUGAGAAAGAACCCGAACCCCAACGCAAAUCUGAAACCGAACCCGUAGCUGUAGCUGCUCCUGGCUAUAAUGAAUUUAAUAUAGUUUGCAGACCGGACCUCUACGGAGUAGGUUGUGCCAAGCACUGCCUUUGUGAUAAAAAAUGUCGAAUAGACGGUACCUGCGCCACCACGCCUUGCAGAAUGGGAACUUUUGGGGACGGCUGUAAACAUGAGGACCUAGCCAUCCACGCCACGGACGUUUCGCCUCGUGAGUUGUUUGAUGGGGACAUUAACACUGGCACCGUACUGGCCAAUGUCAAGGCUUCUGUGACGUUGAAUAAACCUACACCUGUAAACUCUUUUACCUUCGUGUUUGACAAAGGAGCAUAA